UGUCAAGAAGAGAACCGAGGGAGCGAGCCGUCUGGAUUGUGAGUGGGGAUCUCAGUGUCGCACGUGACUUAACAAGUGAUUUAAAAAUGGGUGAUGUUGACAAGGGCAAGAAGAUUUUUGUUCAAAAGUGUGCCCUGUGCCUUACUGUGGGAAAGGGAGGCAAGCACAAGACUGGGCCAACUCUCCAUGGUCUCUUUGGGCAAACGAUAGGCCAGGCCCCCAGAUUUUCUUGCACGGAUGCCAACAAGAACAAAGGUAUCACCUGGGGAGAGGCUACACUGAUGGAGUAUUUGGGGAAUCCCAAGAAGUACAUCCCUGGAACAAAAAUGAUCUUCACUGGCAUUGAGAAGAGGGCAGAAUGGGCAGACUUGAUAACUUAUCUCCAAAAAUCUAGUAAUGAGCCCUAACCUGUUUGGCUCAGUGGAUAGAACGUCGGCCUGCA